AUGGAUCAAAUGAUGGAGAGGAUGGAUCGUUGGGAGAGGAAUGGUCUCCCUACUACCCCACCGACCCUCCCACCAGCAACUCUACCAUCUCCCCCCUCGGGAUCCAGUUCCAGCGCACUGCGCAUUACGCCUCCGAGGGAGUACGAUGGAGCAGCGACGGGGUGCCAGGGAUUCCUGCUUCAACUAGAACUCUACCUGGCCACCGUUCGGCCGGCUCCCUUGGACGAGGAGAGCGUGUGUGUCCUCAUCACAUGCCUUACGGGUAGAGCCCUUGAGUGGGCCAAUGCGGUCUGGAACGGGCCCGACUCAGCGAAGGGCAAUUACCCGGAGUUCACCCGCCGUUUCCGGGCCGUGUUCGAUGACCCUCCAGAGGGUCGAGCGGCGGGUGAGAGAGUAAGGCUCCUAGGCACCUGCCACGAGGGUUACCUGAGGAGGUUCUACCACAUGAGCCCCAGCAGUGGCCCCCAGCCCCGUAAUAGGAGGGCCACCGCCACCUCAGCCCUGGGGGAAAAGAUCAGGGAGAUGCAGGGUUUCUUCAGUCUGAAGCAGACUGGCAGACUGGACCUCCAGACACUCUCUGUGAUGAGGAAGCAUAGGUGUGGAGUGCCUGACAUGGAAAACUACAGCUUUUACCCUGACCAGAUCAAGUGGAAGAAUUCCACCAUCACAUACAGGGUUGAUCAGUACACCACUGACCUUACACAGGAGGAGGUGGAUACUUCCUUCCGUUUGGCCUUGAAGAUCUGGAGUGACGCGGCCCCACUGAAGUUCAUCAAGGUCAACCACGACAAGGCAGACAUUAUCCUGUCCUUCGCAAAAAAAACUCACGGAGACUUCUUUCCCUUUGACGGCCCCAAGGGUGUUCUGGCCCACGCCUUCGCACCAGGGGAGGACAUGGGGGGAGAUGUGCACUUUGACGAGGACGAAAUCUGGACGAUGGGGCAUUCCAAGCAAGGUUAUAACCUGUUCACUGUUGCGGCUCAUGAGUUAGGCCACUCCCUGGGCCUCUCCCAUUCCAAAGACCCCUCAUCUCUCAUGUACCCCAACUACAAUUAUUACAUUGGAGCACAGUACACACUUCCACAAGAUGACGCACUGGGAAUCCAGGCGCUGUAUGGUAAGUAGAAAUGAACAAUAACAUAAUUAUCACAUGGUACAUUUUUGGGCAAGCCAGUCAGAAAACAGGAUCCACCAAACCUUCCUAAGAAGUGCGAUCCCAACUUUUCUGUUGAUGCAGUGGCAGUGUUCGGGAAAGAAAUUAUGUUCUUUAAAAACAGGUACAUGUGGUUGAGGACAACAUGGACGACAUACUGGAACCGCCUGAGAGAGGGCCCCAGCAGCACAUACCUCCCCAGCAUCAACUCUCCUGUGGACGCAGCCUAUGACAUCCCUGCCAAAGGCGUGACAUAUGUCUUCACUGGUCCUAAGUACUGGGUGGUUCGACAGCUUAAGAAGAAAAGCCACUUUGGCUCCAUAUAUGACUAUGGAUUCCCAGCCAGAGUAAGGAACAUUGACGCUGCUGUUCAUAUCAGUGAAUAUGGAAAAACCUUCUUCUUCAUAGGACACGAUUACUAUAGAUACGAUGAACACAGACGUAGGAUGGAUCCAGGAUUUCCAAGAAACAUCCAAACAGACUGGCCAGGUAUUGGGAGGAGUGUUGAUGCUGCAUUUGAGUUACAAGGUACUAUCUAUCUCUUCAGUGGAACAAAGGCAUACAACUAUGACUACAGACAGAACCGGGUGCUGAAUCAAAUCCUAGCCAAUGCAUGGCUGGACUGCUAACAUAUCUGUCAAAGACAUUAGAUGUGACCCCACCUACAGACACUCUUAUACAGAGCAACUUACAUAAGCAAUUAGAUUUAAGUACAUUGCUCAAGGGCACAUCGACAGAUCUGUUUCACCAAUUUGGCUCGGGGCUAUGAACCAGCGACCUUUUGGUAUCUGGCCUAACGCUCUAACCGCUAGGCUACCUGUCUCUGUUACAAAGCUUGUUACCGACCUAGCCCAACUUUGAAAGAACAUCUGACAAGAGUGUACCUGCUCAAUCAAUUGAACAUAUCCUGAAGUAUACCUUAGGGAUAUGAGUAUGCCAG